GAAUGUUCGGCCAUGUUUUAGACACACGUUUUCCCAAGACGGUUAAACUUAAAGAUAUUAAAUUAAUAUAUUAAACAAGAACAAUCAUGGACCCCCGUCAUAGUGCCCAGGAUGUGCCCCGAUGUGACCUUUGUGAGACCGCCACAGUGCACAGCUACUGUGGCUAUUGUCAUGUCAACCUAUGCAAGCCCUGUGUAGUAGAUCACAUUUCAGAUGGAUAUGAUCAACAUAAAAUUGUCCCUUUUAAAAAACGAAGAUCAACCCUCAUUUAUCCAAAAUGUAAAAUACACCUGCACAAAACCUGUGAAUUUCAGUGUGAGAAUUGCAACAACAUUUUGAUUUGUUCUUCCUGUGUGACAUCUGUGCAACACAGGAGCCAUACAUUUGUAGAAUUUACAGAGGUAUACAAGGCAAAGAAAGAAGUCAUCGAAAAAGAUAAAGUACAGUUAGAAAAUCUUAUAUCUCCCACAUAUGAAGAAAUUGCCUCUGACUUGGAAGAACAACUUACCAACUUGGAUAAAGGAUAUGAGAAACUUACCACAACAAUGUCCAAACAAGGAGAGCAAUGGCACACGGCAAUUGACAUUGUUAUCAACAAAAUGAAAAUGAAAAUCAGUGAAAUUAAAGUAAAACACAGAGAUAUUCUACAGAAACAUUUGGAUGGAAUCAAACGAAUACAGUCUCUCAUAAAGCAAACUUUACUAGCCUUAGGGGAACUCGAAAAAUCCACUGAAGUAUCUCCAACCAUUGAAUACAGCUCUAAGAUUAGAGAGUUUAGCAAGCUUCCACCCAAAGUUAAGGUAGUAAUGCCAACAUUCGUUCCAAAUCCAAUAGACCAGGAGAAGAUGUAUAGUUUGUUUGGGAAGAUCACCCCAUUAUCUACUGCUACAGAAGACAAUGUCCUCCCACUUAAUCAACCCAAAACUUCUGUCAGAGAACUGCUGGAUGAGCCUAAGCUGGUUGCCACAAUACAGACUGGGCAUAAUAUAAUACGCAAUGUGACCUGUCUUAAUGAAGACAGGAUAUGGACUAGUGGAAGGACCAAUGAAAUCCAAUGCUUCAACCUCAAAGGUUCACUACUCCAGACAAUCACAACGAAAUCAGAGAAGUUCCCAAAUGAUAUAGCAGUGGAUAGUAAUGGGGAUCUACUGUAUUCUGACUGGAAAAAUAGGACAGUGAAUAAAGUAAAGAAUGGACAAACAGAAGAGUUGAUCAAAUUACAUGGAUGGAGACCUUAUAAUCUGUGUGUCACCUCAACUGGUGAUCUCCUGCUUACGAUGUACUGUGAUGAUGAAACUCAGUCCAAAGUUGUCCGGUACUCGGGAUCUACAGAGAAACAAACCAUUCAAUUCGAUGAUGAAGGUAAACCUCUGUACUCAGGGAAUAUUACAAUUAAAUACAUCACUGAGAACAGAAACCAUGACAUCUGUGUAACUGACUUUUGGGCUGGUGCAGUAGUGGUGGUUAAUCAGGACGGGAAACUCAGAUGGAGGUACACCGGUCAUCCCUCAUUUACCAAGAACAGAUACAGAUGUACUGGUCAUUCCUCAGUUACAAAGAACCAACCAUUUAGACCCCGUGGUAUCACAACAGACAGCCAGAGUCGUAUUCUGACAGCAGAUAAAGACAACCAUUGUAUCCACAUUCUUGAUCAGAAUGGACAGUUUCUCUGUUACAUUGAUAACUGUGAUCUGAAGGAUCCUUUUGGUUUGUGUGUGGACAAUAAUGACAAUCUGUUUGUGUGUGAGUUUAACGAAGGCUAUGUGAAAAAAAUUAGAUAUUUAAAAUAGACAUCAACAUUUGUUAAAAUUUUGUCAAUGGAAUAAAAGUGACUUAGA